CGCGCUCCCGUGAACGAGACCGCGAAACGCUCCCGGCGAAACCCGGCGGCGGCCGCCCAGAUCCCCGCCGCGCAGCUUGCCGCUGCGUUCGACGAGGGAGCCAGGGCAAGCAAGCCCUGCCUAUAGCAUAUAGAGAGGCUGGUUCGGGGAUGCGGGCCAGUGGCGCGGCAGCGCCCUGGGUGGUGCGGCGGACGCGCAUCUCCACGACGACCCGGAUGCCGCCGCCGCCAUCCCGGCGCGCCUCCUCGACGGCGAGAAGGUCGACGCUCAUGCGCCUCCUCGCCCUCAUCUCGCAGGCCUUGUACGUCGCCCAGCUCUCCCCGCAGGCGGUCAAGAGCGUGCCGGCAUAGUCGAUUGAGGUGAAGAAGCUCGUCCACCUCCACCUGUUCCACUACGCCGAGAACGAGGAAACUGCACUUGUCCCCAGUAUAGGAGGGAGGCAGUAUGCAGUUUAGUUGUCUGAAAAAGUCUGAACCAACACCAGCAACCCCAACAACAACAGUGCCAUUGGAACUGCACCUCCUGAUGCUAGCAGCUACAAUUACAUCCAGUCUGUUACUCAUGCUUCACAAGGGUAUGGUGAUUCUACAUACUCUCAGCAGAGUGGCGGGCAGCAAGCUUAUGAUUACUCUGGUUAUCAGACGCAAGGGCUGUCUUACUCGCAGCGGCCUGGAUAUGAUUAGUAGAACUAUGGGGCAUCUGGCUAUGGGGCAUCAGCUGCUAACCCAACUCAGGAUGGUGGUACUGCACCGAGCUAUGGUGGUCCAGGUGGCACUGGUCAAGCAACUUCAGGGCAGCAAGCUUCAACUCCAGCCACCUAUACUACUGCUGCUGCAUCAAGCUACAUGGCGCAAGGUUCUGCCCCCUCAAUCUGGAUACACUGCUCCACACAGCCUGACUAUGAUAUGCAGCCACCACCACAGGCCACGUAUGGCCCGGGUGCUUAUGGGUAGCCUCCACAUGCUCAGAAGCCACCUUCAUCUGCUCCGUAUGGACAGGCACCGCCUACUCAGGCUGGUUAUGGGCAGUAUGGAUACAGUCAGCCAGGCUAUGGUGCACCACCGCCUUCCCCUGGUGCACCCACUGCUAGCUAGGCAGGCUAUGGCCAGUAGCAGUCAUACUGUGAUCAUUAUGCUACUGGUAGUUAUGGACUGCCAACAAUGUAUUCUACCGAAGUUACACCACCUGCUGCGUCCCAGGAUCAAUCCACCGCCGGUCCUACGCCUUACGACAACCCCCCCCCCCCCCCCCCCCAAAAAAAACUUCUCAGAAUUAAGUGCAGGUCUAAAUCGGCAUGUAAGUGAAGGCGUAUUUCUCCUUCAUGCCUUGGACGUUGGCCCCCCUCCCCCUGGUGUAGUACUGUUUAAUCAGUGAGUAGAAAUCAUUAUCUUUCGAAAGAUUCAAGGACGUUUGAGGAGUGACCAAAACCAUUGAAGACUUUGCCAAGCGAGGCAAGCAACCUACUUUGAUCAUGUUGAACCCAUAUUUGCAUUACACUUAGAAUUAUUUUUCAUGCAUAAAGUAUUGUUUACUAGUAUUGUUAUGUUAAUUAAAUUAGCUAGGGUUUAGCUAUGCCCCAUGUCCUUGAUAUUGACACCCCUUUGACAUUCUUAUGCUAAGUAAAUUAGCUAGGGUUUAGCUAUGCUCUAUGUGCUUGAUAUUGACACCCUCCUUUGACAUUCUUAAUACCCCUCCUUUCUAACCAUGUAGUGGUCAAAUAAAUGUGGGUCAUAUGUGCAAGUUUAAUAGUAAUGCUUAGCCAUGCUAGUCGCAUAAAUCAUAGGACUUGGGAAGAAUCUUUAUUACUCAUAAAUGUUUUACAAAAACCCAAGGGUGUCACUAAAGCUCAUGGGUUAUUAUAUUGGUGGAUAAAUGGAUCUUUAAUAAACUUGAAGCAAUUUGGAUUUAGUUAGGCAAUUAUGAUCUUGAACCGAAUUUCAUGGUGGAUUAUGAGAUUUUGAUGCAUUUAUUUAGUUCAUUGUGAUCUCGAGGAGAUAGUCAAAAAUGUUCGGUGGAUUAAUUAAUCUUGGACAAUUUGGAUUUAGUUAGGUGAUUGUGAUAUUGAACCGUAUUUUUUGAUGGAUUAUGAGAUUUUAGGUGGAUUUAGUUACGUGAUUUAAUCUUGAGAAUAUAGUCUAAAAUGUUCAGUUGAUUAUGAGAGUUUAGGUAUGGUAGAUGAGCAUGGUGAUUAUUAUAUUGGUGGAUAAAUAGAUUUUAAUUUUGUUUGGAACAUUUUGUAUUUAGUUAAGUGGUUGUGAUCUUAAACCUCAUUUUACGGUGGAUUAUGAGGUUUUGGUUGGAUUUAGGUAGGUGAGUGAUCUUGACGAGCUAGUAAAAGACGUUUGGUGGAUUAUGUGAAUUUAGGUCUAGUAGGUGAGCAUGGUGGUAAUUAUAACGGUUAAGUAAUUUUUUAAUAAAAUUGAGAAAAUUUGGAUUUAGUUAAGCGAUUGUGAUCUUGAACCAAAUUUCAUGGUGGAUUACGAGAUUUUAGAUGGAUUUUGUUAGUUGAUUGUGAUCUUGAGGAGACAUUCAAAGAUAUUCAAUGGAUUAAUUAACCUUGAACAAUUUGAAUUUAGGUAGGCUAUUGUGAUAUUGAACCGAAUUUCACGAUGAUUUAUGUGAUUUUAGGUGGAUUUAGUUUAGUUAUUAUGAUCUUGAGAAGAUGGUCAAAGAUGUUCGGUGGAUGUUAAGAUUUUAGGUCUAGUAUGUGAGCAUGGUGACUAUUAUAUUGGUGGAUAAAUAGACCUUUAAUUUAGUUUGAAACAAUUUGAAUUUAGUUAGAUGAUUGUGAUCUUUUAAGAAAAUCCACGGUGGAUUUUGAUGUUUGGGUUAGCUUUAGUUAGGUGAUUGUGAUCCUCAUGAGAUAGUCAAAGAUGUUCGAUGGAUUAUCUGAGAAUUAAUGUCUAGUAAGUGAGCAUGGUGGUUAUUAUAUUGGUGGAUAAAUAGAUUUUUAGUGAACUUGGAGUAAUUUGGAUUUAGUUAGGCAAUUGUGAUUUUGAACCAAAUUUCAUGGUGAAUUAUGAGAUUUUAAAUGGAUUUAAUUAGUUGAUUGAGAUCUUGAGGAGAUAGUCCAAGAUGUUCGGUUGAUUAAUUAAUAUAUUUUUUAACACAGUACAGACACAAGUGCUCAUAUAAACGAGCAUACACUCACCCCUAUGAGCACCUUCGAGAGACUGAGCCAGCAUAUCAUCUUGAGAUUUUACGAAGUCACUGUAGGUGUCGCGUCUCAUAGUCGACAGGAACAAUUUGGAUUUAGUUUGGUGAUUUAUUUGAUACUAGGUGGAUUUAGUUAGGUGAUUGUGACUUGAGAAGAUAGUCAUUGUUUGGUGGAUUAUGAGAUUUUAGUUAUAGAAAUGAGCAUGGUGAUUAUUAUAUUGAUAGGUAAACAGAUAUUUAAUUUAGUUUGGAUCAAUUUGGAUUUAGGUAGGUGAUUAUGAUCUUUUAACCAAAAUUUUAUGGUGGAUUAUGAGGUUUUGGUUGGAUUUAUUUAGGUGAUUGGGAUCUUGACGAGCUACUAAAAAAAUCGGUAGAUUAUGUGAAUUUAGGUCUAGUAGGUGAGCAUCUUGGUUAUUAUAUUGGUGGAUAGAUGGAUUUUUAGUAAACUUGGAAAAAAUAGAAUUUAGGUGAUUGUGAUCUUAAACCAAAUUUUAUGGUGGAUUAUGAGAUUUUUGAUGGAUUACUUAGUUGAUUGUGAUCUUGAGGAGAUAGUCAAAGAUAUUCGGUGUAUUAAUUAAUCUUAUUCAAUUUGGAUUUAGUUAGGUGAUUGUGAUAUUGAGCUAAAUUUCUCUGUGAUUUAUGAGAUUUUAGUUGGAUUUAGUUUGGUGAUUAUGUCUUGAGAAGAUAAUCAAAGAUGUUUGGUGGCUUAUGAGAUUUUAGGUCUAAUAACUAAGCAUGGUGAUUAUUAUAUUGGUGGAUAAACAAAUAUUUAAUUUAGUUUGAAACAAUUUGGAUUUAGUUUGGUGAUUAUGAUCUUCUAACCUAAUUUACGGUGGAUUAUAAGGUUUUGGUUGGAUUAAGUUAGGUGAUUGUGAUUUUGACAAGCUAGUAAAAGAUGUUCGGUGGAUUAUGUGAAUUUAGGUCUAGUAGGUAAGCGUGUUGAUUAUUAUAUUGGUUGAUAAAGGUGAGGGCCACACAAUUGACUCAAGGCGAUGAUGCCACUAUUGAAAAUAACUGGUAAACAAGGCAACAGAGGAGAGACUGGGGGUAGUGGUAGUAGAUGGACUUUGAUCCAGCAUCCCACGUGCCUGUGCACUCUCCGUUCCCCGCUGAUCCGGCUUGGUGUCCUUGUCCUGUUUGCGGAUUUUGUGUCACGCACUUGAUUAAGCAUCCCAUGUUCUCCUAAUGUGCGUCCUUGGCCUUGACGAUAGGUAGCGCCGUGUUCUCGGGCGCGUCCCGUGGGUAAAAUUCAGGUAUGUGUUGAUUGUCUAAGCUCUUGCUCGCCAUUGGUGGUGCUUGAGCGUGUGGUCAUGGUGUCGCCCAACAAGGGAACAUGGGGUGUGGGAUCAAGACAGCACACAUCAACCUGUCAACAGGCAACGGACGCCUGCCCAGACUUAGAGGGAGCAGAGGUGGACACAAAGGUGGAUGUUGUGCUCCAUAGCAGUCUCAAUAGGGUGCUCAUCAGUAAGAGCAACACGAGCAAGAAGAUCCUGGAUAUACUCCUCUUAGGAAAUAAAGAAUCCAUUAGAGGUAGAAGAACCUCAAUCUCAAGGAAGUAGCGACUUCUUUAGUAAACAUGGAGCAAUUUGGAUUUAAUUAGGCGAUUGUGAUCUUGAACACGUUUUGUGGUGGAUUACAAGAUUUUUCAACGUGGUGGAUUACGAGAUUUUUCAAUGGAUUUAGUUGAUUGUGAUCUUGAGGAGAUAGUCAAAGAUGUUUGGUGUAUUAAUUAAUCUCGAACAAUAUGGAUUUAGUUAGGUAAUUGUGAUAUUGAACCAAAUUUCUCUGUCAUUUAUGAGAUUUUAGUUGGAUUAAGUUAGGUGAUUGUGUCUUGAGAUGAUAAUCCGAAAUGUUUUGUGGAUCAUGAGAUUUUAGGUCUAGUAGAUGAACAUGAUGAUUAUUUUAUUGGUGAGAUAAAUAGAUAUUUAAUUUAGUUUGGAAUGAUUUGAAUUUAGUUAUGUGAUUGUGAUCUUUUAACCUAAUUUUAUGAUGGAUUGUAAGGUUCUAGUUGGAUUUAGUUAGGUGGGCGUGAUUUUGACGAGCUAGUAAAAAAUGUUCGAUGAAUUAUGCGAAUUUAGGUCUAGUAGGUGAGCAUAUUGAUUAUUAUAUUGGUGGAUAAAUGAAUCUUUAAUAAAUUUGGAACAAUUUGGAUUUAGUUAGGGCGAUUGUGACCUUGAACCAAACUUUAUGGUGGAAUAUGAUAUUUUUAUGGAUUAGUUAGUUGAUUGUGAUCUUGAGAAGAUAUUGAAAGAUGUUUGCUGGAUUAAUUAAUCUUGAACAAUUUGGAUUUAGUUAGGUGGUUGUGAUACUGAACCGAAUUUCAUGCUGGGUUAUUAGAUUUUAGGUGGACUUAGUAGGUGAUUGUGUCUUGAGAACAUAGUCAAAGAUGUUUGUUGGACUAUGAGAUUUUCGAUUUAGUAGGUUAGAAUCGUGAUUAUUAUAUUGGUGGAUAAACAAAUCUUUGAUUUAGUUUGGAACAAUUUUGAUUUAGUUAGAUGAUUGUUAUUUUUCAACCAAAUUGACGGUGGUUUUUGAGGUUUUGUUGGAUUUAGUUAGGUGACUGUGAUCUCGAUGAGUUAGACAAAGAUGUUCGAUGAAUUAUGUUAAUUUAGGUCUAGUAAGUGAGCGUGGUGGUUAUUAUAUUGAUGGAUAAUUGUGCCUUUAGUAAACAUGGAGCAAUUUGGAUGUAGUUAGGAGAUUGUGAUCUUGAACAAAUUUCACAGUGGAUUACGAGAUUUUCAAUAGGUUUAGUUAGUAGAUUGUGAUCUUGGGAAGAUGUCAAAGAUGUUAGGUGGAUUAAUUAAUAUUUGGAUUUAGUUAGAUGAUUGUGAUAUUGAACCAAAUUUGUUUGUGAUUUAUGAGAUUUUAGUUGGAUUUAGUUAGAUGAUUGUGUCUUGAGAUGAUAAUCAAAGAUGUUCAGUGGAUUAUGUGAAUUUAGGUCUAGUAAGUGAGCAUGUUGAUUAUUAUAUUGGUUGGCAGAGAUGAGGGCCACACAAGUGACUAGACGAUGAUGCCACUACUGAAAAUAACUGAUAAACAAGGCAACAGAGGAGAGACUAGGGGUAGUGGCAGCAGAUGGAGUUUGAUCUAGCAUCCCACGUGCCUGUGCACUCUCCGUUCCCCGCUGAUCCGGCUUGGUGUCCUUGUCCUAUUUACGGAUUUUGUGUCACGCACUUGAUUAAGCAUCCCAUGUUCUCCUAAUGUGCGCCCUUGGCCUUGACGAUAGGUAGCGCCGUGUUCUCGGGUGCGUCCCGUGGGUAAAAUUCAGGUAUGCGUCGAUUGUCAAAGCUCAUGCUCGCCAUUGGUGGUGCUUGAGCAUGCGGUCAUGGUGUCGCCCAACAAGGGAACACGGGAUGUGGGAUCAAGACAGCACACAUAUCAACCCGUCACCAGGCAACGGACGCCUGUCCAGACUUACAGGGAGCGGAGGUGGACACACAGGUGGAUGUUGAGGUCCAUAGCAGUCUCAACAGUGUGCUCAUCAGUAAGAGCAACACAAGCAAGAAGAUCCUGGAUAUACUCCUCUUAGGAAAUAAAGAAGCCAUUAGAGGUAUAGAAGAAACCCCAAUCUCAAGGAAGUAGCGACUUCUUUAGUAAACAUGGAGCAAUUUGGAUUUAAUUAGGCGAUUGUGAUCUUGAACAAAUUUCAUGGUGGAUUAUGAAAUUUUUCAAUGGAUUUAGUUGAUUGUGAUCUUGAGAUAGUCAAAGAUGUUCGGCGUAUUGAUUAAUCUCGAACAAUAUGGAUUUAGUUAGGUGAUUGUGAUAUUGAACCAAAUUACUCUGUGAUUUAUAAGAUUUUAGUUGGAUUUAGGUAGGUGAUUGUGUCUCAAGAUGAUAAUCAAAAAUGUUUUGUGGAUCAUGAGAUUUUAGGUCUAGUAGAUGAGCAUGAUGAUUAUUAUAUUGGUGAGAUAAAUAGAUAUUUAAUUUAGUUUGGAAUGAUUUGAAUUUAGUUAUGUGAUUGUGAUCUUUUAACCUAAUUUUAUGAUGGAUUAUAAGGUGCUAGUUGGAUUUAGUUAGGUGGGCGUGAUUUUGACGAGCUAGUAAAAAAUGUUCGGUGAAUUAUGCGAAUUUAGGUCUAGUAGGUGAGCAUGUUGAUUAUUAUAUUGGUGGAUAAAUGAAUCUUCAAUAAAUUUGGAACAAUUUUGAUUUAGUUAGGUGAUUGUGACCUUGAACCAAACUUUAUGGUGGAUUAUGAGAUUUUUUAUGGAUUAGUUAGUUGAUUGUGAUCUUGAGAAGAUAUUCAAAGAUGUUUGGUGGAUUAAUUAUUCUUGAACAAUUUGGAUUUAGUUAGGUAGUUGUGAUACUGAACUGAAUUUCAUGCUGGGUUAUGAGAUUUUAGGUGGAUUUAGUAGGUGAUCAUGUCUUGAGAACAUAGUCAAAGAUGUUUCCUGGACUAUGAGAAUGGUGAUUAUUAUAUUCGUGGGUAAACAAAUCUUUGAUUUAGUUAGGUGAUUGUUACUUUUCAACCAAAUUCACGGUGGAUUUUGGUGGAUUUAGUUAGGGGACUCUGAUCUCAACGAGUUAGUCAAAUAUGUUUGGUGAAUUAUGUUAAUUUAGGUCUAGUAAGUGAGCAUGGUGGUUAUUAUAUUGAUGGAUAAAUCACCCUUUAGUAAACAUGGAGCAGAUGUAGUUAGGCGAUUGUGAUCUUGAACGAAUUUCACGGUGGAUUACGAGAUUUUCAAUAGAUUUAGUUAGUAGAUUGUGAUCUUCGGAAGAUGUGAAAGAUGUUCGAUAGAUUAAUUAAUCUUAAACAAUUUGGAUUUAGCUAGAUGAUUGUGAUAUUGAACCAAAUUUCUCUGUGAUUUAUGAGAUUUUAGUUGGAUUUAGUUAGGUGAUUGUGUCUUGAGAUGAUAAUCAAACAUGUUUGGUGGAUUAUGAGAUUUUAGGUCUAGUAGAUGAGCAUGGUGGUUACUAUAUUGGUGGAUGAACAAAUAUUUAUUUAAUUUGAAACAAUUUGGAUUUAGUUAUGUGAUUGUGAUCUUUUGACCAAAUUUUACGGUGGAUUAUGAGGUUUUGGUUGGAUUUAGUUAGGUGAUUGGUGUCUUGACGAGCUAGUAAAAGAUGUUCGGCUAGAUUAUGCGAAUUUAGGUCUAGUAGGUGAGCAUGUUGAUUAUUAUAUUGGUGGAUAAAUAAAUUUAUAAACUUGAAUUUUUUUUGGAUUUAGUUAGGCGAUUGUGAUCUUGAACCAAAUUUUAUGGUGGAUUAUGACAUAUUUGAUGGAUUAGUUAGUUGAUUGUGAUGUUGAGGAGAUAGACAAAGAUGUUCGGUGUAUUAAUUAAUCUUGAACAAUUUGGAUUUAGUUAGGUGAUUGUGAUAUUGUACCAAAUUUCUCCGUGAUUUAUGAGGUUUUAGUUGGAUUUAGUUAGGAGACUGUGUCGUAAGAAGAUAGUCAAAGAUGUUUGGUGGAUUAUGAGAUUUUAGGUCUAAUAGAUAAGCAUGGUGAUUAUUAUAUUGGUGGAUAAAUGAACCUUUAAAAAUUUGAAACAAUUUGGAUUUAGUUAGCGGCCUGUGAUCUUUAACCAAAUUUUAUGGUGGAUUAUGAGAUUUAGUUUGGCCGCGCUCCGCCUCUUCCUCGAGGAGCAUGUGCAGUGCUGUGGCCUCAGAAGAUGGGCGUCGACACCUGCAGCUUGUGCACAAUGGUGACUCCACGCAUCUCCUGUGCCCCACAACCCUCUCCUUCCCGGCAGAGGAGGAGCAGGAGCAAGGAUGACGAGGCGGUUCAGGUUUGCCUCCACCUCAGUUCUCCCCCCUGCUCUCACUCUUGUCUCCCUUUUUUGUCUCAUUCUGCAACUUCAUUCAAGCAUAUAUUUUAAAUUGUUAGGUAUUCCAGGUAGUUAGCUUAUCUAUGGACUUCCUGCAAUCAUUAAUGUUCAUUGUCUUUGUUUGGAUUUUGUUGGGCACCUGCGGCAACGGCUGUCGGACACGACGGACGCUGCCAGGUCUGCGUCGACAUCGUGCUCACGGAGUCUGGCCUCUGCAUUGUGUUCUCCAUCUUGCAGUGCAUGAUGAACUACACGCUAAAGUUCAGCUGAAGUUCCCAUGUUUUCUUCUACUACAAGAGUUCUGUCGAUUUGUACUACUUGGCUGCAAAUGUAUGCCGUUUGCAUCACCAUACGGAUAGUGGUUUGUUCUUCUGGCACUAUUCAUGGUUCUCAUCAUAGCCAUACUGAAUGAUGGCAAGUGGCAUCUCUGAAUUUAUCAUAUGAAUUGUGACUUUAUGAGCUUGCUUGGCUACUGACCUGCUAUGUGGGAAGGGCAUCCUUUUACCAGAGCUAUGGAUUUUAACAUGCUCCAUUUCCUUCAGACAGGUUUUCUGAAUAUACUCGCAACCAUGGCCUUACAGUGCUACACGCCUCUGUUGAAGCCCCAACUGGCCCAAGUCUCGGUCAACCCUUCCAUUAACACGAUACAGAUUCCAGGUUUGCUUUGCCUUGCACGAAUAUGCUCGUUCCAUGACAUCUCGUUGGAAUAUGUACCGGAUAACAUGUGUUGAUGUGUGGAUGCACUGGCUAGCAAUUAGUUAUUCUAAUACUCUUCUGAUAAUUAUCUUCUCUGAAUAUACACGAAAUAAUGGCCUUACAGAGUCAGUGCUCCGCCCCUCUGCUGAAGCCUUAACUGGCCCAAGUCUCGGCCAGCCCUUCUCUAAAUCGAUGCAGAUUGCAGAUUUGCCUCGCACCAAUAUGCUCCUUGCAUAAGCUAGUAAUCUCUGGCCAUAUUUCAUUUUUUAUCCCACUUGCAUCAUGCCUGAUGACUUUUUUUGUGCCACCAAUUUGUGUAUGUUCAAGGAGUAGCAGAUUUUACGCAUCUUUUUUUUUGUGUCAUUGCUUCAUCAAAUGGAAAUUUAAGUAACGGGAGAUUCGUGAAAUGGAAAUUUAAACCAGUUUAUGAUUUGGUGAGGAAUCUAUAUAUAUUAGUGUGUGUUGUUACAUUGAGCUCUAAAUAACGGGGAGCACACAAAAUUACAUUCAAUCCAAAUAGGGCUGGUGUUUGCAUCUGUAUUCUGUAGUUCUGUAUGUUGUAUUCAAAUAAACUGUUUCUUUUUAGGUGUUCAUUUUCAUCUUAAUAAUGCUGAUUGUUAUUCACUUGGAACCAUCAUGUAAACCUAGCUGGACAUGGUCAAACUAUAAUUUUCCAUGUUUCAAAAUAGUAUGUGGUUUAGUACUUUGUUCCAAGAGUCUUUCUUCACAGCAUGGAUUUUUUUUUUAGUAUUCUCCUAAAUCUUUUUGGUGUCUUGAUGUGAUCUGAUCAUCAGAAUGCAUGAACUGUAUUGAAUUCUUGUAAGGAAGCAUUUGAAUGUUACUUGUCCUGAUCUAAUUAUCUGCAAUCCACAGGUUAUGGAACUGCACUUGCAAUGGUAGCAGGAACGACCUUGCUUGGGCGACCUUCUUGUUAUGAUAUUGUUGUCUAAGAUAAAAUCCCUGAAUCUGCUCCAUGGUUUGUUGUCUAAGUUAAAAUCCCUGAAUCUGCUCCAUGGUUUUGUUGUGUUGGAUGUGCCCCAAGAAGCUUCUUUUUUUGAUUUUUGUUGUCAUGCUCCUCAUACUCAUUAUGAAGUUUGGCAAAUAUCAAUUCUCUGCAUGUUCUUCAUAACUAUGGCGAAUCACAUGAAGUUCAAAUGUUAGCAUAACUAAUAAGUUGUAUGUUCGGCAAUGACACAAUGCACAGAUCAAGUGUUAGUUUUCUGAAACUGUUGUACUGUGAACUGAUGCUAACUUCCUCACUUUUAUUUGUAGUUUGGCCUACAUCGGUACCUGGUGUCGAUGUGAAGGAAAAUACCUUAGACCUUAGCAGGACUACUUACCGCCGCCUUGCAACUCAUUUUCUCCAGAAGUGUCUCGGCCUCAGAUAUGACAACUUGAGAAUUCAGAUUUUUUUGUAGCGCAGAACCCAUAAGUUCCUAUCUUUGUGCUAGCUAAACUUGAGCUUAAGUUGUAAUGGUGUAGUCAAAAUUAUUUGUGUGGUGAAUUUUUAUUCUUUUAUGUGUCUGUAUUGAGUUUUGUAGUUUUAUUUGAUAAUUAUUUGUGCAAAUUUUAGUA